GAUUAUGGUGAUGGGCGGAGCCUCUAUUCGUUGGCUGAAUAUGCUGUUUCUUCUCUCACUAGUCGUUCUGUGGAUGAAGGCGAGUGGGAGCAGGAGGAUAGCGGUCUGCAUAUUCAUUUAUUUCACCAGGAUUUAUGUUAAUCUGUGCAGCAAUUAAUGGAUUAUGCGAAAGACAUUUAGAGCAGCCCCUGGAUUGGGUUACGAUAAACUCAGUGUGUAUCGUAAUAUGAUUUAAUUUUGUGUUUAACAGACCGGUGUUGUAUUAUACUAAAGGUAGUAAUCUAAGACAAGGACGUUAUUUGCAUCAAGUCCCUUCGCAGAAUGAACGUGGAUGAAGAUAACCGAGUGCCUGAAGAUCUCUCAUUUGAAGAGAGAGAUGAACUGUCGAACAUUAGACGGAGGAAAAAAGAGCUGCUAGAUGACAUUGAGCGGUUAAAGUUUGAGAUCUCAGAAGUCAUGACAGAGAUCGAACAUUUAACGUGUGUCAGAGAGACCAAAAGCACUCAGAGGAACAAGCAGAUUGCUGUCGGAAGAAAGAAAUUCAAUAUGGAUCCUAAAAAGGGAAUCCAAUUUCUUUUGGAGAAUGAUCUUCUGCAGCACACACCUGAGGACAUCGCACAGUUUCUCUAUAAAGGCGAAGGCUUAAACAAAACUGUCAUAGGAGAUUAUUUAGGGGAACGAGAUGACUUCAACAUUAAGGUUUUGCAGGCCUUUGUGGAGCUUCAUGAGUUUGCUGAUCUCAAUCUGGUGCAAGCAUUGAGGCAGUUUUUGUGGAGUUUCAGACUUCCUGGUGAAGCACAGAAAAUUGAUCGAAUGAUGGAGGCCUUUGCUACUCGAUAUUGUCAGUGUAACCCAGGUGUCUUUCAGUCCACAGACACGUGCUAUGUUCUCUCGUUCUCCGUCAUCAUGCUCAACACCAGCUUGCACAAUCCUAAUGUCAGAGACAAGCCCACGGUGGAAAGGUUCAUAACCAUGAAUCGGGGCAUCAACGAGGGAGGAGAUCUGCCUGAGGAGCUGCUCAGAAAUUUAUAUGAAAGCAUUAAGAAUGAACCUUUCAAAAUUCCUGAAGACGAUGGGAAUGAUCUAACUCACACAUUCUUUAAUCCGGACAGAGAGGGAUGGCUGCUAAAACUAGGGGGAAGAGUAAAGACCUGGAAGAGGAGGUGGUUCAUUCUGACAGAUAACUGUCUGUAUUACUUUGAAUAUACAACAGACAAGGAGCCUCGGGGGAUCAUUCCACUGGAGAAUCUUAGUAUAAGAGAGGUGGAGGAACCAAGAAAAUCAAAUUGCUUUGAGCUCUACAACCCCGGUCAUAAGGGACAGGUAAUUAAGGCAUGCAAGACAGAGUCUGAUGGGAAGGUGGUGGAGGGGAAUCACGUGGUUUACAGAAUAUCCGCACCCACGCCGGAGGAGAAAGAAGAGUGGAUCAAAUCCAUCAAGGCAAGCAUUAGCAGGGAUCCUUUCUAUGACAUGUUGGCUACUAGGAAACGGCGAGUGGCCACUAAAAAGUGAGCCAUAGACCUUUCGAGUUCGGGCUUAAUAAUCACUCUUCAAGUGGAAACCUUCACAUGAGAUCCCGGACGUUGCAAGAGGCGACAAACAGAGACAUGAGCUCUCUGAGGAUAAAGAAGGACAAGAUUUUAAAAAAUGAUGGGGUCUGUAGGUCCUGAUGUAAUGUAAGGGAUGUGUACUAAAUAUUUCUCUCCAAAUGGAUUGUAUGGGGGAAACAUUAUGGUGAUAAUGCAAUUAUAUGCUGAAUGUGUGUUUGUAAGAAAGAACUUUGCUUUAAGAGUGAUGAAUGAUUCGGCUAUGCUACAGUAUCUGCUUAAUUUCAUGUGAAAAUCUGCAUUAAUUUCGGUCUAUUAUAGAGUAAGUAGCGCCGCCUGCUGCUUACAACAGUAACUGCUAUCGCAAAUUUCCAGGUAAUGUUAUGGAGAUGUUCUCAAGUCAAAAUCCAAAUUUAAGCUCUGGUAAUGUUUAGAUGUGGAUGAAAUCUAUAUAAAAUAUACCAGACUGCUGGUGAUGUAAAUUCAUAAGUAGUCUAUGGAUACAGAAAAUAGAUCGAUAUGGCAGGGAUCCAUGCUGAAUAAUUUUAGUGCUAUAUGGUAAUUCAACUAUUGUCUUAAUUGCAUCAGUAGUUUUAAAUGACUUUAUUUUGUCAGUUGUGACUUUAUUAUGUGUCUUAUCAUUUUAAUCCAAAUCAGCCGGACUGGUUGCAUUAAUUGGAAGAAAAAUUAUUAAUACUAUAUUUAUUAUGUUUCUAAGGUCCUUGAUAGGCCUAGUAUUAUAUAAAAUACUGUAAAAAUCAAUUUCUGACGUUCUCUUAAUAUGCUAAUAUUAUAUGAUGACUUUUUAAGAAUGCAAACUCUAUACUCUACACACAUUUGUAUUCACCUUUUUAUUUAAAUGGUUGCUAAUCUAAGUGUUUUGUUGUAUUUAUGUAAUAAUGACAAUGUUAACUGAACCUAAUUUUUUUUUACCAUUUUUACAAAACACACACACACACACACACACAAAUAAUAUCACAAAAGCCAUAAUUAUUUUUUUAUUAUUUGAACUAUUUUAGAAACUCCAUGGAUCUGAAAUGGAUGUAUAUGCAAUUUUUGUAUACAGCUAUUCAGCUGAGAUAUUUUAAGUGAAGGCUGUAUAGCUCUGUAAACAUGAAACUCAUUAUUUCUCAUAGUUUAUUGCAAAGUGUAAUGGAAAUACUCAUAGAUACACUGCGAAAAGAUUAAUCAAUAUGAUUUAAAUUAACCACAGUCCACUGUCAUUACUGUGCAGUUCCAUGUAGGACAGCAAUACUAAUCAUAGUGAAAUAUAGAGAAUACGAUUUAUGACAAAUUCAUCAAACAAUGAGGCCCUCUUUUCUAGGUUCACCAGUUAAGACGGACAAAACCAUAGCGAUGCACAACCAAACUCAGCUUAAAAUCGAAUACCUGCAUAAUUUCAUUUAAAGUUUUAGGAUAUUACUAUUAUAGUUAAUAUAAAUAAAAAAAUGUCACUAUUAUUCUGCUCAACAUUUCUAUGGUAAAUAUGCAGCAUGCUCUGAAGACUGUAUUUCCGAACCCUGUGUGUGUCAGUAAAUAGUAAUUCAGAUAUCUCGGAUGAAACAGAUUUGUCAUUACUGUCAAUGAAGCCUUUGGCACUGACCUAAUAAAACAUUUUUAUGUUGA